AUGACUAACGAAGAGAGUUUGAACAAUUUUGAAGCCACAUAUGCAACCCCAAUGCACUGUGAUGGAUGCACAAAGGAAAUUUCAAAGUGUUUGAGUGGAGUCAACGGAAUCAAGGAAUUGAAAUUUGACGUGGAAAAGCAAAUAUUAAGCGUUAACGGUACAGUUGCCCCAUCAAGUAUCAUCAAUGCUCUGCAAACUUGCGGUCGUGACGCAAUAAUUAGAGGAGCAGGUAAACCAAAUUCGUCAGCAGUGUCCAUUCUCGAGACGCACGAGAAAAUAGAUCUGAACAAGGACACACCCGUGCGUGGACUCGCAAGAAUAGUCGAAGUUAGCGAAAACUGUACUUUCUUCGAUAUAACUUUGAAUGGAGUCGAGAAAGCAGGCAAGUACUGGGCAAGCAUCCACGAAACCGGAGAUGUAUCCGGCGGGCCUUCCACAACAGGCGACGUGUGGUACAAGUUCGAGGAGCCAAUAGAAUGCAAUUCAAAGAGCGAUAUCGACGACAGAUUGUACAGCGGAAAGGCGUUUCUGAAGGCCCCAUUGAACGUGUGGCAACUGAUCGCGCGCAGCUUUGUAGUAACAGCAAACAAAGAUCAUGAGAUCCAAGGCUCAAAGGACAGCAUUUGCGGGGUCAUUGCACGCAGCGCAGGAAUCUGGGAGAAUGACAAGCAGGUGUGCGCAUGCAGCGGCAAGACGAUCUGGCAAGAAAGAAAAGAAGCGCUACAAAGAAACAUAAAAUGA